AGAAGCUCAAGAGGGGUAGCUAACACAUGGCCUGAGCCGGAGAGAGAUCGAGCCAGACAGAUCGUCGCCGACGUAGAUGCUAAAACUAGCAGUUGCGUGCUGUCCCAGGCUGGUAUCAUGUUGCCGUCUCCCCCGCCACGUUAGUCGUUCCCUUUCACCCACCCAACGACGACCACCACCUCUUAACUUACCUUACCCGCCACACACCACACGGCUUAGCUAGCUUAGCUUAGCUAGGAGCAGCUGCUACCUCUGCUCUGCUCGGUUCAUUCCCUUCACGGCUAAGCUCGCGAUCGUGUGUCACGACAUGGCGCCGCGGCUGCUGUCGUGCUUCGGGAGGGGGAGCGCAACGGCGUCGGCGCCGGAGCCGGCGGAGGAGGCGGCGGCGGCCCCGGGGCCGGUGCUGCUGGAGCUGUUCUGCUCGCAGGGCUGCGGCGCGUCGCCCGAGGCGGACGCCGUGGCGGCGCGGAUGGCGCACGAGGACCAGCAGCGGGCGGCGGAGGAAGGCGGCGGCGGCGGAGAGCGCGGCGUGGUGGUGCUGGGGUUCCACGUCGACUACUGGGACUAUCGCGGGUGGAAGGACCCGUUCGCGUCCAGCGCGUGGACCGUGCGGCAGAAGGCGUACGUGGAGGCGCUCCGGCUCGACACGCUCUUCACCCCGCAGGCCGUCGUGCAGGGGCGCGCCCACUGCGUCGGCACCGAGCAGGACGCCCUCGCGCAGGCCGUCCGCGACGCGCCCCGCUACCCCGCCCCCGCCAUGAAGGUGACGUUCCAGCGGGCGAACCCGAGCACGCUGCAGGCGUCGUUCACGGGGACGCUGCGCAGCCGGAUGGAGGGCGGCGGCGGGAGCGUGGUGGUGGCGCUGUACGAGAGCGGGCUGGUGACCGACUGCGGCCGCGGCGAGAACAAGGGGAAGUCGCUGCUGAACGACCACGUGGUGCGGCGGCUGGAGAAGGUGGCCGCCGUGCGCGACGGCGCGUCGGCGAGGAAGACCGUGUCCGGGUCCGUGCAGUUCCCGCUCUGGGACGGCUUCCGCGCCUCCCGCUGCGGCCUCGUCCUCUUCGUCCAGAACGCCGCGCUGCAGGUGCUCGGCGUCCAGCACUUCGACCUGCCGGACAACGUGUAAAGCCUGCGCCGUGCAAUGUACUGGAGUAGCACGGUGAUUAUAUUCUUUUGUACUAGAGCAUAUGCUUGGUUGAUCGAUUGAUCGACGUGUUGUAUUGUUGAAGAUUUGUUGGUUGAAGAGGUUAGAGCCUUAGAGGAGAGUGAUGGGUUGGAGAGACAUCACAUAUGGGGGCGUUGCAGAUGUAGUGUCUUCUUUCACGAUGGGAUGAACGUUCUGUGUGCGUAAUUGUUGUUGGGAGCUGAGGCUGCUCGGUUCGUGAGGUUCUA